AUGGGUUCCUCAAGAUCAAUGCUUUUCUUCAUUAAUCUUGCUAUUAUUAUCUUACACCUUGUCGCUCCCACCAUAGCCCAAGAUGAUGGUACGUGCACAGAAAAAGGUGAGUACUGCUGGAAAUGCUCUGAUACUGGCACCUACACAGCAGGUGACGAGUACCAAGAGAACCUCAACAGCCUCCUCUCUUCCUUCUCCUCCAGCACCCAAAACAAUUACGACGGGUUUUACAAUUCAUCCAGGGGACAAGACUCCAACAAGAUCAAUGCAAUUGCAUUAUGCAGAGGAGAUCUCUCACAGGACUCUUGUCAGACUUGUCUCAACACAUCUACUUAUAUACUCUUGCAAAAUUGUUCAACUCAAAAGGAAGCAAUCAUAUGGGCAGAGCGUUGUAUGGUGAGAUACUCAUACAACUUGAUAUUUGGUAUUGAACAAACGGACCCUUUUAAGCAUUUGCCUAGCCCAAACUCCGCUAAAAAUCCUCAACAGUUUGAGCUGGUGCUUACCCCCUUGUUGGGUAUUUUAAGUGACAGAGCUGCGUCAGGGAAUUCUCUUAAAAAAUUUGCAGCAGGGCAUGCAACUGUCCCUGGAG